AGUGUUGGCAGACGGUGUUGAGCUGCAGACUGUGGACUCUUUGUAAACACAGUCGGUUAGUCAUUAACACAGUAGAAUCAGAGCGAACCGUCUGCGUCCGUGACUUCGUUUCUUCACGCCACUGCCACAGUUCAUCAUUUCGGCCUGCUUUAACUUGGUUUGACUGAGGUCAUGCCACGCCUCCUCCUCUACCUGUCCGUCAUCAGUUCUCUGUGGUCAGCAUCCGUUCUCUGUCGAACGGUGUUCUCUGACCCUCCGAAGGCUCACAUGCUGCUCCGUUCUCGCCGGGCGAACUCUUUCUUCGAGGAGCUGAAGCCGGGGUCUCUGGAGCGAGAAUGUGUGGAGGAAGUCUGUGAUUUUGAAGAAGCCUGGGAGAUUUUCCUAUCCAGAGAGGCCACACUGGAGUUUUGGACCGUGUACUCAGAUGGGAACCAGUGUAGUAACAACAUGUGUGUUCAUGGCGACUGUGUGGAUUUGUACCAAGGAUACGCCUGCAACUGUAGACCCGGGUAUGAGGGAAAAUACUGCAGAGAACCUGUAACAGCUACUAACUGCACCGAGGAUAACGGCGGCUGUGACCACGAUUGUUCUGAAAGCAGUGACGGGCUGUCGAGGAGCUGCAGCUGUGUGAGCGGAUACACGCUGCAUGAUAACUCCAGGAAGUGUGUGCCCGAUGGUCAGAGAUCCUGUGGUCAGCUGUUGAUUGGUCGGUCAUCAUACACCAAACCAAUGGAUGGCUUGCUUCCCUGGAUGGUGGCGGGGGAAGUGGGGAAGAAGGGGGAGAAUCCAUGGCAGGUUUUGAUACGGAAUGCUAACCGGCGUUUGCACUGUGGAGGCGUCCUGAUCGAUGAGAGUUGGGUUCUGACCGCCGCUCACUGCCUUGAGAGCAGCCUGAUAUUCACAGUACGGCUGGGUGAAUACGACCGUCUCAGAGAUGAAGGCACUGAGGUUACUCUGAGGGUCCUCCGCUCUUUCAGACAUCCAAAGUACGACAGCAGGACACAGGACAACGACAUUGCACUGAUGCGCCUUGAGACCCCUGCCCCCUUCUCCCGGUACAUCCUCCCCGUUUGUCUGCCAGGACGCGCCAUGGCAGAGCGAGUGCUGCAUCUCAACAGCACUAUCACCGUGGUGUCGGGAUGGGGCAAAGAAGAGCUGAACAGCAGCAGGUUCACCUCUGCACUCAACAUCAUCAAAAUCCCUCUGGUGGACCAUGAUGUCUGCAUCCAACACAUGACCAACAACAUCACAAACAACAUGCUCUGUGCUGGGAGGCUGGGAGAUAGGCAGGAUGCCUGUGAGGGCGACAGCGGUGGUCCCAUGGUCACUCUGUACCGGGACACGUGGUUCCUGGUCGGCCUGGUGUCCUGGGGUGAGGGCUGUGGCCAGAGAGACAAGCUGGGUAUCUACACCAAAGUGUCCAACUAUAACGACUGGAUCCAACAAGUGAAAGACGACUGGGACAGAGGUCAUUACGCCUGACAACCUUUGAGUUUCUGAACCACCUCAAUCUGCGAAAGUGGACUCACAUUCUCAUCCUCACUACAUUGAAAAUCUAACACUUUAUAAAUAAACUCAUCCUGCUCUAAUUGA